AUGGUGAGUGUAGUGUGCUUGAUGGUGAGUGUAGUGUUCUUGAUGAACUGCAUCUUAUUUUAUUGUUGUGACAACCUCACCCUCAUCCUCACCCUCAUCCUCACCCUCAUCCUCACCCUCAUCCUCACCCUCACCCUCAUCCUCAUCCUCAACCUCACCCUCAUCCUCACCCUCAUCCUCACCCUCACCCUCAUCCUCAUCCUCAACCUCACCCUCAUCCUCACCCUCAUCCUCACCCUCAUCCUCACCCUCAACCUCACCCUCACCCUCAUCCUCACCCUCAUCCUCACCCUCAUCCUCACCCUCAACCUCAUCCUCACCCUCAUCCUCAUCCUCACCCUCAUCCUCACCCUCACCCUCACCCUCAUCCUCACCCUCACCCUCACCCUCAUCCUCACCCUAAUCCUCAUCCUCACCCUCAUCCUCACCCUCACCCUCACCCUCAUCCUCACCCUCAUCCUCACCCUCAUCCUCACCCUCACCCUCACCCUCAUCCUCACCCUCAAUCCUCACCCUCAUCCUCACCCUCACCCUCAUCCUCACCCUCAUCCUCACCCUCAUCCUCACCCUCACCCUCAUCCUCACCCUCACCCUCAUCCUCACCCUCAUCCUCACCCUCACCCUCAUCCUCACCCUCAUCCUCACCCUCACCCUCAUCCUCCCCCUCAUCCUCACCCUUCCCCUCACCCUCCCCUCCCCCCUCCCCCUCUUCCUCAUCCUCCCCCUCCCCCUCACCCUUUCCCUCAUCCUCCCCCUCACCCUCCCCCUCCCCCACUGCAGCAGCGGUGGAAAGUACCAGUGAUGUGA